AUGGUCGACACGAGACGGUCUCCAAUGCUAAGCGCGGCCCUCUACCCAGCCCACAUGAAUGGCAGUACAACUGCCGGGCGCUCUCUCAAGAGCGUCAUGAGCUCCGUGACAGAGGUGCCGCGGCCUGUCGCCUCUGGAAGCGGUCUCUCCUGCUCAAUAAUCCUUGCCGAGCCUAAUGUCUUCCUCACCGGCUUCGACCACGACGGCCACUCACGGCACGAGUCGGCCAAUUCGACCGCCUUGUUGCGCGGCAAGCUGCAACUAAAUGUGUCCAAAAACGCAAAGAUCAAGGCAGUCACCCUGAAGCUUUCCGGACGAGCCCGAACGGAAUGGCCAGAGGGCAUCCCUCCUCUCAAGGUCGACCAGUACGAGGAAGAAUCCCUGAGGACACAGGUGCUCACAUUCUUCCACGCUAGCCACGAGACGUGGGGGACCGAAUUUGGCAACCAGUGCACUUUCACCCUGCGAGGCAGUGGCGAGAAUGCAAGCUCCUCCAGAAACAACUCGUCGUUGAUGAUCCCCGGGAUCUUGCCCUCGUCAAAUUCGUCCACCUCGAUACAUCAGCGGAGCAGAUCCGGCAGCAGCUUCACAGCAAAGGAUUACAAGAGGUUGUCACUGUCAAAUGGCCAGUCCAGGAGUUUCGGCAAGGGCGAGACCCAGUCCAGCGCCAAUGCUCAGCCAAAGGGCUACAAGGUGUUCUACCCGGGCACGUAUGAGUACGCUUUUGAGCUGCCUAUUGACCACCACCAGCUCGAGACCACCAAGUUGCAGUUCGGGUCUGUGAAGUGGGAGCUCGAGACCGUGGUUGAGCGAGCAGGCGCAUUCAAGCCCAACUUGCACGGCACAAAGGAGGUUUCGGUUGUGCGCGUCCCUGACCAGCUAUCCCUUGAGAUGACCGAGCCAAUCUCAAUCAGCCGCCAGUGGGAGGAUCAGCUCCACUACGACAUUAUGAUUUCUGGAAAGUCCUUUCCCCUGGGCUCCAAGAUUCCAAUCGCCUUCAAGCUCACGCCCCUCGCCAAGGUUCAGGUGCACAAGCUCAAGGUAUUUGUUACCGAGUCUGUCGAGUACUGGACAAACGAUCGCAGGGUCACACGCAAAGACCCCGGCCGCAAAGUGCUCCUGCUGGAAAAGGUUGCCGGCAAGCCUCUCGACAAGCAAUACGAGAGGUCUGAAGUGCGAGUGCUGAGCGGAGGCGAGCUUGCGCCAGAGGAGCGCGAAGAGGCUCGUCGCAUCGCCGAGCGACGGAGGAGUGUCGAGGCCUCGCGUCUGCAUACCGCUGCGCAGCCGCUGCCAGAGCCUACGGAAAACCUACUUGGUGACUUGGACCUUGGUCUCGAGUCCUACUGGGGAUCCACGGAGAUUGAAAUGAACGUGCAGUUGCCGACGUGCGAGCAAAUGUCGAAGGAGAAGAACAUUCGGUUGCAUCCUGACUGCAGCUGGAAGAACGUCAAUGUCUUCCACUGGAUCAAGAUCGUGAUGCGCAUCUCCCGUCUGGACCCCGAAGAUCCCACCGGCAAGAAGCGCAGGCAUUUUGAGAUCAGCAUUGAUUCUCCCUUUACCGUGCUCAACUGCCGGGCGACGCAAGCCAACACUGCUCUUCCCGAAUACACUGGUGCCGAGUUGCCAAUGUACCGUCAGCAUGCGAGGUGCGGAUGCCCCGAUGCUGAAGUCUUGGCCACAAACCCGAGCCCAGCAUCGAGCACAGGCACGAUCCCCGGUAUUGAUUCGUCGUCGACGCUCGCCGGCACAGAUUCGCCGGGCAUCGCGCCUCCUCCGGCAGCUCAUCUUCAGCAACACCCGGGGGCAUCCACACAGCCUGUGCAACGGCCUGCAGCGACCGCCACGGCUCCGCCUGGGCACCGGCCCAUGCACCUGCUGCGAUACCCCAGCUUCAAUCCGCCAGCAUUCGACGAGGACGAGGCCCCGCCUCCAUUGGCCACGCCUCCUCCGCAGUACGAUAUUGUCAUUGGCACGCCCAGCGUCGACGGCCUAGCAGACUACUUUUCGCGUCUGGCUGACUACGACGAUGGGGACACGGACAGCGAUGAGGAGCAUCAUAGCCGGUUGAUGGAUCGUCACGGACGGCUCAGCAUUGCCAACCCAAGAACGCCGGGGGGUCGCACGGUCGCAAGCCGCAGCAUGGAUAUUCCAAGACCAAGCGUCACACAAGCCUAG